AUGGCGUCGGGCCCUCGCUCUUCCACACUGCUCGUCUGUCCAAUGAGCAUCGCGGGAAGGACGCACAGGAUGGAGCGGAUGUCUGAGGAGGCACUCAGGCUCAACCUGCUGAAGAGGGGUUUAGACGCCAGUGAGCGCGAUGAGGCCCUAGCCAAGCGACUGAAGAUGGAGGGCCAUGAGGCCAUGGAGCGCCUCAAGAUGCUGGCGCUGCUGAAGCGCAAGGACCUUGCUGAUCUAGCAGGUCUGGAUGUGGUGGGACCCCUCGGAGACGGGAAGGGCCCUGGAGCAAGCACCUUGCACCACCAAAGCACCAUGGGUACUGGCUCUUAUGAGGAGAAGAUAAAUGGGAGCCUGCGGCUUGGGGGACACAGCAGUCAUGCUGCACAGACCAAGAAUGGGAAAGAGAAUAUGCUGGAUGAGCCGGUGGAUAUGAGUGCUGGCAGACGAGGUGAUUCUGAUCAUGUCAGAAGAACUCCGUCACCAGACGUCAUUAUUUUGUCUGACAAUGAAGCAUCCAGCCCCAGAGCCACCCCUCGGCCUGAAGACAAGAUGCACCGUGCCAACCUCGAGAUGUUUAAGGGUAAAACUGAAGAGGAGCGGCAGCAGAUGAUCAAAGCCCUGAGAGAGGAGCUGCGUCUGGAGGAGGCUCGUCUGGUGCUGCUCAAGAAACUCCGCCAAAGUCAGAUGCAGAAGGAGAACAUGGUGCAGAAGGUGCCAGUGGUCCAGAAUGCUGCGUCAGCGCAGCCUCCACCUUUGCACAACUCUUCAGGACUCAAGCUGCCGGCUCGACCCGGCAUGCACAACCCUGAGGCCCAGAACCUGCGCACAGCUCAGGGCCACACAGUCAUCAGGUCAGCGGCCAAUGCCAGCUUGCCUCCAAUGCUGAUGUCUCAGCGAGUGAUUGCACCUAAUCCUGCACAGUUACAUGGACAGAGAGGCCUCAAGCCCGGCAUGGGCCGAUCCGGCAGCAUGGCCAACGCUGUGGGCUACCAGGCCGGUCAACAGGUGUCAUCUCAGCACUCCAGCUCCAGUGCCAUCUACAUGAACCUGGCCCACAUGCAGGCGGCUGCUGCAGCCGGCGCAGGCGGUCUGGGUGGAGCCUCAGCUGUUAGUCCGUCCACCGGAGUGGGCGCCAUAACUGACCAGGCCAGCAGCCAAGCAGCAGCUAAACUGGCUCUGAGAAAACAGCUUGAGAAAACACUUCUGGAGAUACCUCCUCCUAAACCCCCAGCCCCACUGUUGCACUUCCUGCCCUCUGCUGCCAACAGUGAGUUUAUUUACAUGGUGGGACUGGAAGAAGUGGUGCAGAGUGUCCUUGAUAGUCAGGGAAAAUAUAGGGGGUCGUUGUCCCGCCUAGAGCCUUUCUUCUGCGCCCAGUGCAGAACUGACUUCACACCCCACUGGAAGAGGGAAAAAAGUGGACGUAUACUGUGUGAACAAUGCAUGACAUCCAAUCAGAAGAAGGCUUUGAAGGCUGAACACACCAAUCGACUGAAGAAUGCCUUUGUGAAAGCUCUGCAGCAAGAGCAGGAGAUUGAGCAGAGACUGCAGCAGCAGGCCACACUCUCCCCCAGCUCCUCCUCAACAGGCUCCAACUCUUCAAAGACGGACUCGAUGCUCCGACACCAUGCACUCCGCCAGGCAUCCCAGCCUCAAUCCCAGGCAUCCCUUCAGCGAGGUCUAUCAAACUCUGCACGGGGCGUACUGUCUAAUUUCGCCCAGGCCUCUCAGCUGUCUGUGGCCAGCAGCCUCAUGGGUAUGACUAGUGGAAAGCAUUGUGGCAGUGGGAGCAGUAGCAGCAACAGACUUCAACAUGACAGCCAUCGUCAGAUAUACAACAUCCCAGGAUUAAAUAUUGCGUAUCUGAAUCCAGCGGCCGUCGGCGCCCAUAAGAGUUCCAGCCUAGCAGAUCGACAGAGAGAGUACCUGUUGGACAUGAUCCCACCACGCUCCAUAUCUCAGUCCAUAACUGGACAGAAAUGA